CCUUGUUCGAAAACAGCAUUAGUUCGUAGAGAAGUGGGAGGAUCCUGUACUCGCGGGACAAAUCGGGAAAUGCCGAAGAGUCACGAUGUCUGGUCGCAGGAACUCCGAGAUGAUGAAGAGACUACCUAUGAUGGUACAUUCCAUCAAUAAGAAAUCACGAGGACGAAAAACUUCCGUGUUUUCCGAAGUUGUUGUGUGCUGUACACAGACUAAGAUGUCUCGCUUGGCUUUUUGUAUUUUCUUGACCUCAACAGUGACAAUUGUGUCGACGCAGUAUGUUCCACCGUACACUGAAGAAUGCAGAACUGGCAUGUAUCCCCCUCAGGGUCCAACGUUCAAGGGUGCAGUUACCUGGUACACAGUUGACCUAGAUUUGCCUCCAAGCAAAAGAUGGGCAGCACUAAUGUCUGAGAAGAAAGAUGAGAUUGCCAGCAUGAUCAAGGUCAUCAAGGAUUUAGCUGAUGCUUUUGUUCCCAGUGGGAAACUUAUUGAAUUUGUUGACAGUAUUCUGCCUCUCAUAGUUGACACACUUCCGUAUCCAUUUAAUGAAGAACUUAAAGGAAUAGCAGCAGGUUCCGGAGUUCCAUUGGGUGAGGUUACACUUUUCAAUCUGUUCUACGAAGUGUUCACUGUUUGCACCUCAGUAGUUGCUGAAGACUCAGACGGUAAUUUGAUCCAUGGCAGAAAUCUGGAUUUUGGACUGUUCAUGGGAUGGGACAUGAAGAACAAGUCAUGGAUGAUCACAGAGAAGCUGAAACCACUGGUGGUGAACAUUGACUUCAGGAGGAGCAACCACACUGUCUUCAAGUCCACAGGCUUUGCCGGCUACGUAGGCAUGCUGACUGGCAUGAGGCCGCACUCAUUUUCCCUCACCAUCAACGAGCGCUUCAGCAUGGAUGGAGGCUAUAUUGGCAUCAUUGAGUGGCUUCUGCAUCACAGGGAUGCCAUGUGGAUGGGCUUCCUGACUCGCACAGUUCUGGAGAAUUCCACCAGCUAUGAGGAGGCCAGGUCCAUGCUGUCCCAGACAAAACUGUUGGCUCCUGCCUACUUCAUCCUGGGAGGAAACCAGACUGGACAGGGCUGCCUCAUCACCCGUGCCCGUACACAGAGCCUGAAGCCCUUGGAACUGAACUUAAAGCAGGGUAGGUGGUACCUGCUGCAGACCAACUAUGACCACUGGAAGGAGCCGCUGUUCCUGGACAACCGCAGGACGCCUGGCAUGAAGUGCAUGAACCAGACGCUACAGCCUAACAUCUCCUUCAAGACUCUCUAUGAUGUUCUCUCAACAAAGCCAGUUUUGAAUAAGUUGACCACCUACACUACACUGAUGGAGGUAUCAAAGGGCAAGUUGGAGUCUUUUGUGCGAGACUGCCCCAACCCAUGCAUGCCUUGGUGAAGGCUAUUCUGACAUUACCGGUAAAUUGAUUUAAGGAAGAAAUAAAAAAAUAAAAAAACCCUACAUCAGGGAGAAGCAUCUGACCAAGAGGAAUGAAUCAGAAUACUGGCUGAUCCUAGUCAUACACACCACUGAAUGCCUUCAUUAACCACUUGGAAUCAAGUGCUUAGAAAUUAGAGCUUUUGGGAGUCAUCCCUAGGGCAAUUCCAUGGAAAAUUACGUUUUUUGUAACAUCCAUAACGCCAAUAAAAUGUGAUGGUAUGGUAUGAUGUGAAUGAUUACAUGAAAUUUGAGCAUUUGCUAUUUUUGACUGAAGAAUGUAAAUGAGAAAAAAAAACAAAAAAAAAACAAUGAAAUGUUGCUAUUCACAUCAUACAAAUGCCAAGGCAUUCCACUGGCGUUAUGGAGGUGACAAAGUCAAUUUUCUGUGGAAUUGCCCCCUACCAUAAAGAUAUUUUCUGCACGUUUUAAAUGUCCUGUCUAACUUUAUCUAUGCAAACAAGGAUUGGACCUUAGAAGCGAGUCUGCACAUGCUUAUCUGAGCACUUGAUUGAGAAUGGAUUUAAGCAUGUUAAAACUAUUUGGCAUAUCAGGUGUGCGGUGUCAGUUGUUUGAAACAGCAUGUUUGAAGUUUGUAUUUGAUGUUUGUAGUUUUAGCAAGUCUGUAUACCUCAGGUUUCGAAUGGUUUAAUUUUUCUACAUUAUGUUUAAAACUUGAAUGCUUGAAAGAUGGUAAAAGGGUUUUGCCCCAUGAGUGAUGGAACUCACUAAAUUCUACUCUAAUUCUAAACCAAUAUGUUCUGUGCUUACCCAGCUAACCACUAUAAAAGAUGCAGAUGCAAACUUCUUUUGCUAAAUCUUUCAGAUCAAUGUCCUAACAUUAUGAAAUAAACAAUGACAAUUUUAAA